AUGCCACCCCCAACGACAGAGGACAGUCGUCACCACAAGCGCAGUACACCGCCAAGGCCGUCGAGCCUCUCUCUCAGAGCACCUCGCUCUGCUAGUGUCCAACAGCUCGUAUCCAGAUGGGAGACUCAGCCGACUCUUGCCCCUCCAGCAGCACCAUCCACCGCGGCUCUACUGCCAACAUCGUCUUCGGUCUCAGCUCUCUCAGCUGCAGAACAAAGCGAGUUCGGAGCGGCACCCGCCCAUCGUGCUUUGCUCGCAAAUGCCGUCAACGCAAUCAACGGCACCCUCGGACCUCUUGACUGGACGCCCAAAUAUGGUCUGCCCCCAGAUCAAGCACGUCUGUCGCCUUCGCCCUUGCGUGCGGCGACACGACAUCAGUCAUCUACGUUACCAGAAUCCCCGAGAGGAGCCGAUCCAUUUGCAGACCCGAAGCGAGCAUCUCCGGCUCGGUCAGGACAAAAGCGCCAUCUAGUGCCGCUUCGCUCAGUCCAACCAGCCCAAACUAUUCCCUCUCCAGUCUCUCCCUUGUCUGCAUCAGGCCAUUCGUUUGGCCUCGAGCUGCCACCUCGAUCGCCCUCCACCUUCUCUCCUGUCAGCGAGAGCACAACAAACACACCACAGUCCACCGUCGAUACCGCUGCGUCCAAGACUCCGCUUCUAGGCGCUCUUAGCUCUUCCAAUCGGACGCCAUCAUCGCCCCUUCAGAUUGAGGCAGCAACCCCUCAAUAUACCCAACCGAGUCCAACUCACAACGAUCAUGCUUCUUUGUCCCAAUCGACACUUAUCCCAGAAGCCCCUUCGCUGUCGCUGUCGCCGUCCUCGCCUCGCGACAGCUUCUCCAAACCAUCACAAAGGCCCAAUGCUUUUACACCCAGUCAAUCAAGGCCAAGGCCUACUUCACAGAGCCACGGACAGCAUCUGGAGCCCGGCGUGCUCAAAGAAGGCUUGGGCAAAUCUUCGGCGACGGCUCACAUCUUUGACCUCGAUGCCAAGAUCCCGCUCGGUACAACAAGAUACCUUCCUUCCUCCUUCCGCAGCAACCUCCCCGACCAUGCAGCACCUAUACCCGAGCGCUCCAGCUCCCACUUGCCCACUUCAUCACCCGCUGUAAACGAGACCUGGACCGCAGAGGAUCCGAGCAGCAUCCCCUUGCUCCCUCCAUCCCUGACACGAGCUCCGGCCACACUAUGGAAAGGACCUCUGGCCGACGAAAUGGCUCGGAAUAUGGUGUGCUCCAACGUCGAUGGCGAUACGCUUCCCGUAUCAGCUGACGAUGUCUUCAAGCCCGACGCAGCUCCUAUCCACCUUCCAGCGCUUGAAGAGUACCUCAAGAAUCCCAUCAUCUUUGGCGAGCCUAUGUUUACGGACUCACACUUGGUUUGCACAGACCAAGAGAAGCAGCUCUUCGGGCUGGACGACGUUGCAUUCCUCGAAGCUGGUUCGAUCUCUGCACCGUCUUCACAGUUAAGCAGCGGCGCCUCCUACGCCCCAAGAUCACGGGUCGGACAGUCACGAAUCAGCUCCAAGUCUGCUCAGCUAGAAGUAGCUGGCGGUCAGAUCAGCUGCCCAGCUGUGCUGUACACGUCCAGCGUCGACUCUGCCAUCAUCUCGAGGAGAGAAGAGGGGCUUCGGCGUCGCAGUGGCAGAUCGAAAGAGAUACCCACCUCGCACGUUUCCAGGUCGAAGCGCUCCAGGCGCAACAACAAGUCAGACAAGGAGGUUGCGGAUCCAUUGCUUGCGGUUGCAGUUGGUGAUGAAAACCUAGGCAAAGCGGAUGAUCCUGACAAUGACCUCGACGAUGUCACUGUUGUCGACCCUAAAGAGGAGCGCCACCUGGACAGCGAUGAUGAUGCUACCCUCAAAGCUGACGAUGCGCUUGAAGCCGAAAAAGUGGCGAGCCGCAUCUCGGCCAGGCUAUCUGAAAGUCGACUUCGCAGCUCCAUCUCUGAACCGCCCUCCGAAGGUGUAUCCAGCAAGCUGUCCACGCGCUCCAAUCCUGUGACGCGAAAGCAGAUGUUCCCGCCGCUCAUGCUCCUCAAGGAAAACAAUCUCGACGAACUCAAGUCUAACGCCAUCGGUCCGAGGAAACCUCCAGGAGGCAUCUGGUCCGUUGGAUGGCUUGGCAUCAUCUUCGACAUGGUCAUCGGCGUUGAAGGCAGCACGUUCGCCGCUGGAAUCCUCCGUCUAGAGUCGCUGCGUGAUCUUUUCCAGAUGAUGACGGUCCAGCUUCAUUACCAGCGCUACUUUGACAGCAGCGAUCCCACAACGACCACCAGCAAAGUGUUCAAGUUUCUUCUGCAGACGCUCCCCGCUGUGCUUGGCUUUGACCUUGUUUCGGUGUUUGGCUAUGCGGUGGUAUUCUUCAUCGUGUGGGUCGUCAUCACCGGACUGGCUCUCUGGCGAUUUUGGCGCAUGACCAAGGCUCACAACCCGAACAAGACCGUGGAGGGGUACGAUUCACAGGGAUGGAUCUACAAAAGCGCUUCUCGAGGCACACGCUUUGCAAACACGUGCCUGGUGUUUUUGCUGGGUUUGCUGUAUCUUCCGCUCAGCAAGUUGGCCGUCGAUGCGCUCGUCUGGUCGAGCGACUUUUGGCCCGUACCCAAUCCGUACAAGGGCGGCAUCGACGAUCCUGUUCCCGGCGCUUUGCUGGGUGAUCCUGACAUCUGGCGCGCUCCACUCGACUUUUGCUACACCACCACCAUGCGAAAGGACUCGUUCAAUUGGGCCUACGUCAUCGUGCCCAUGGCGGUCCUUGUCAUCGUCUUUUACACGCUCUGGUACCCCUACAAACUCAUGAUGACCAUCAAGGAGAUGCUGCCCCACGUCAGUCGAUUCAACGAGCUCGGGCGUAAACGCAGCGAGGAGGAGAUGCAGACCUACUACCAUCGUCUCCUCAACCGCGACAAGUCGCCUUUCAAUUUCUUGUACAACUCGUACCAUCGCAAGUGGGGCUACUACAAGCCAUUCUACAUCAUGGUGUUCAAGCUGUCGAAUCUGUUGAUCAUCGGCGUGCUGGCCAAGGACAACUGCCUCUUCCGCUCCUUCCGUACUAGGACCAUGCUCGUUGUGCAGCAGGGCACGCUAAUUGCAGUCAUGGCGUCGCUGCUGGCAGUGCAUGUGAUGAUCAAGCCGUUCGUCGACAAGAUUGGUAACCGGUCCGAGAUGGUCUCGCGUGUCGGCUAUGUGCUGACCGCGACGAUUGGACUGCUCGUGGCGCUCAACGUGCAAGGAUCCACCGUGUACAACACCACGAUCCUGUACAUUGUUCAGGGGUUCACGUACAGCGGCAACAUCUACUUUGCGCUUAUCGGCAUGUCGUUUGUCGCGCACCAGGUCAAACGGUGGCAGAGCCGGGUCGACUACACGAUCGAUCUCUUUUCUCCCGUGCUCGACAUCACCAAGCACAUCAAACGUCGCGUGUGGGAGGAAACGCUCUCGAUCAUCAUCCUGUGCGGCCGCGAGUAUCACAUGCCGCUGGAACAGGUCAUCGCCUUUUCUGUGUCGGACGAGGACAAGUGGCCGCCGUACUUGAUUGAUUUCCAGGGCUCUGUCGCCGAGCGUCACAUCGAAAACCUCAAGAUCGUCAAGCAGAUCGGCGUCGAGGCGUACCGGACUGAAGUGGACAUUUGUCGCACCGAGGAAGGCAUCUAUCGUCAAAAGCUCAUGCGCACCAUUCAGAGAGAGUUUUCAGGACCGGAUGCAUACUGGCGGCCGCAGGAGCCUCCGUUUCCCUCUGGAGUCAUGUCUUUCUUCGGCAAAGCCUUUCUGGUUCCGUUCCCGGCGACUUUGCUUAUUCGCUACGACGAGGGUGGCAAAUAUACGGUCACGCUGACGCGCAUCGACCAGUUCGAAGCGUACAUCGAGCAGAACUCGGAUCCCAAGGUGACGAGCAAAAAGAUGGUGCGACAGGCGCUGCGCGCCUUGGAAGGGCAAAAAGUCUUUUGCCCCUACGUGUCCAACGUUCAAAUUGGCGAUCCUACGAGCGGCAUGGCGUUUGUGGACAAGAUGUUUGGACGCAUGUCGGAGAGGCGACGGGCGUUGCCGCGGUUUGGCGUGCUUCCCGCAGCCCGCGGUGGACAGUCGGAGUACGUGUUGGCAACGCCGAUCUCGUACGUCGAAGGUACGGUCAAAAUCGAGCGACGACACGAAUUCGAUUGGGCAGGCUACAAUUUCGACGGUGGAUUCGAAGUCUCGAUCGUAUACGAAGAAGGAAGGAUGAAGGAUGCUUCUGGAGGCAUCAGUAUGAUUCGAAAGCGGGUCGAAGUGAGUGCUUCGCGAGCGUUUGGUCUCACGGAAGACUUUGAAAUGAAUGCCACGCUGUCGCGAUUCCUGCAAGAUAACGAAACGCUCAUCUUUGAGCGGGCGCCCUUGGUGGAGAAGCUGCUCAGCAAGUAUCGACGCCAUUUCCAACGCGAAGCACACUGGAAGGAGCGCGUGCUUCCCUACUCGUUCCUCACCGACGUGUUCGACAAUGACGGACUCAGCCCGCUUGGUCUACGCAUGGCGCUGGUCGACACGGGCUGCGCACGAAGCAUGCGUAACUUACCGGUUCUCUACGAAGGCAGUAUCACGCUCAUGUACGAGCGACUGGCGGCGAUCAAUCGGUCGCCUGUGCAUCGCUUUUGGUGGAUCCUAUUUGACGAAAUCUGGCGACUCAACAGCAGCGACUACAGCCACCUUCGCAAAUACAGACGCAGCUUCUCGCCGCAGUAUCCGACGUCGAUUGCCUAUCGACCCAUGCCACGACAGGCUCUGGAGCAGUUCCUGCACAAGCGCGGACUGUGGAAGAAAAAGGGCGCCAAGGGUGGGCCGUUCAACCGUGGAAUGCUGAAUCGGAUCUAUUUCUAUCUCAACGAGAUUGUCUUUGCCGGUCAUCAUGACGGUAGAGUGCUCAACUCACGCCGAGGGUGGUCGGACCAGCAAGCACAGCAGCGGCGCAAAGGAGGGCGGAUCUCUGAUCCGAAACAUGACGAAAACCCGUUUAUGGAUCCUGUCGAUUCGGACUUGCGUCGAGCAGCGACGAUCAAAGUCGGGUUGGGGCACGAUGCGACCCAGGCGACGCGGCGCGACUUUUCGACGAUCGACGACCAUCCGUUGCGCAUCGGCGCUGAUGAUGGCGAAGGUGCGGCUCAGGGUCACGACAGGGACAGAUCGUGGGGGUUGACCGCCAACCCGUCGGUGACGCCUUCACAGUACACAGGUGGUGGCACGGCCUAUUCGACCGACAGCGUCAUUGUGCGCACGGCGUAUCGAUGGGAACAGCGCAUGGACGGGUAUGCCACCGACACACGCUGGCAGAGGUUCAAAGUGCGAUCGCUUCAGUGGUUGUCGUUGCAUCCCGUGGUGGUCAAGUUUGAGAGGGAGAAGCUGUACCUUUAUCUCAAGCUUGUUGAUGUGGAGGAGGAAGAGGGAGGUGGCAAGAAGGGCAAGAGAUAUGAACUGCUCAGGCCGAGUUGUCGACGGCCGAAUGCGCAAGGGUAA